AAAGUUUGGGGGUAUAAAUAUGGGAUGGAGGAGAGAAUCUGGGUUGCAAAGCGAGUUUUUUUGUUUUUUUCCCCCUCUCCUCUAGCUGAGCAAGGAUGACGCCUUCCAAUCUCAUCUUCCUGGACCAAAACAGGCUGCUGACCCCUAAGGAGAAAAACAAACUGAGAAAACCCAUGAUUGAAAAAAUGCGCCGGGACCGCAUGAACAGCAGCAUCGAGCAGCUGAAACAGCUGCUGGAGAAGCAGCUGCAAAGCCAGCAGGCCGGUUCCAAGCUGGAGAAGGCCGACGUCCUUGAAACGGCCGUCGGCUACCUGAAGCAUCACAGCCGCUGGCAGAGUACAGGGUCCGCUCCCAAGGAGAGGGAAGUGGACUUCCAAGAAGGCUACGCCAGAUGCCUUCAAGAGGUCUCCCGGUUCCUGCUCCUUCACAAAGUCCACCCCCAGACUCAGAAGAAGCUGAUGUAUCAUUUUCAACACACACCCCUGCCCGCCUCGUCGUCGUCUGCUCAUUGGACGCAACCCGCUCUCAAGAGCCUCCGAUCUCUUUGGCGACCAUGGAUCGAGUCCAAUAGAGGAUGAAGAAGGAAGACUCUUCUCCUUUGAUUUAUUAGCCGGCCUCCUCUUUGUUUCCUUCCUUUUGGGGGAAGGAUUUGAUGUCUCUUUCCCCUUUUGGAAAAAAAAAGAAAGAAUAUUAUUUAUUCUCAAGAGGAGGGGAAGCAGAGGGUGAGGCUGGCAGAGGGGACAGGGGAAGUGAGAAAGGCCCGCCUGGAAACGCACCAGGUGGCUGGUGGGACUUUUUAGCCGCCUGGUCCCACGUGAGGAGAGUGUUAAGAAACCUGGUUUCCCUGCUGCUCUAACCAGGUUUAGCUGGUGGGAAAAAAAGUUGCUUUGCAACCCACCCACCCGCGAAGGGGGGUGGGUUUGGGACCCCUUUUUCCUCUCCUAGGAAAAGCCCACGUCUUGCUUUAUAUUAAAGAGAAGGGGUGCUUAAUGGUUGGAUGUCAUACAUUUGGCAAGUAAAAGGACGGCCUGCGUUUGUGGGGUGCUGUGUGUGGGGGGGGGAAGUUGGACGUCUCCUUUCAGACCAGCGUUGCUGUGUCUUGGAGGGGGACGACAAAGGAGGGUGUGUCUGGGGGGGGGGCGUUUGUUCUGCAGUGGGCAUACUGUGUAUGCGGUUUGUUUGAGAAAAUAAAUACAGACCUGAAAAAGGCAACCGUGUCUCUGUUUUCUGGGCCUCAUUGGGGGUGUGUGUGUGUAUGGAAAUUAUAAAUAAAUACAUCCUCCCUGGCUUUGUGAGCCUUCAAAAAAGAAAAAAAGAGUUUUUUUAAAAAAGGUCCAAUGUCAUGCUCUUCCACGCCAUUUUUUCCAACUUUUCCUGCAACAGAUAUUUAGAUUUUUUGUAGCUAUGGGGCAUCCUACACAGCUCCCCACCUCAGAGGUCUUCUAG